UGGCGCGGCGCUGGAGUUGGGGCGCGUUGCGCAGCUGGACCUUGUUUCUGCUCUGUUGCUGCCUGGCUGGUUUAACAUCCUGUGGGAGCAGGGGCUAUUCUGCUCAGCCCAACUUCAAGGCGUCCACAGCAGUCCUGUGCAGGUCACCUGUUCCCAGGCAUUCCCGCUGCACAUGAGUGGAACAGCAAUGAGAGCCAGUCAGGUGGACUUUGAAAAUGCAAUGAAUCAGGUGAAGCUUUUAAAAGAUCCAGGAAAUGAAGUGAAGCUAAAACUCUAUGCACUCUAUAAGCAGGCCACGGAAGGCCCUUGUAAUGCGCCCAAGCCUGGUGUGUUCGACUUUGUCAAUAAGGCCAAAUGGGAUGCAUGGAAUGGCCUUGGCAGCCUGCCCAAGGAAACUGCCAGGCAGAACUAUGUGGAUUUGGUGUCCAGUUUGAGCUCAUCUGAGUCCUCUAGCCAGGUAAAACCUGGCGCGGAGAGUAAGCAAGGGGCAUAUGAAUUCCUGGUGGUAACCUCUGAGGACGGCAUCACGAAGAUAAUGUUGAACCGGCCGGCCAAGAAGAACGCUAUCAGCACCAAGAUGUAUCAGGAAAUUAUGCUUGCACUUCAGGCCGCUGGCAAGGAUGACUCAGCCUUAACCGUGUUAACAGGAAAUGGUGAUUAUUACUGUAGUGGAAAUGAUCUGAGUAAUUUCACCGACAUUCCCCCUGGUGGAGUAGAACAGAAAGCUAAAGAUAGUGCCAUUUUACUGAGGGACUUUGUAAGCUGCUUUAUAGAUUUUCCUAAGCCUCUGAUUGCCGUGGUCAAUGGGCCAGCAGUGGGAAUCUCCGUCACUCUUCUUGGGUUAUUUGAUAUUGUGUAUGCAUCUGACAGGGCAACCUUUCAUACUCCAUUCAGUCACCUGGGCCAGACUCCAGAAGGAUGCUCCUCCUACACGUUCCCCAAGAUUAUGGGCUCAGCCAAGGCAGCAGAGAUGCUUAUUUUUGGGAAGAAGAUCACAGCAGGCGAAGCAUGUGCUCAGGGCCUAGUGACUCAGGUUUUCCCUGACAGCACUUUCCAGAAAGAAGUUUGGACUAGGCUCAAGGCCUUUUCAAAGCUUCCCCCAAACGCCCUGAGAAUUUCAAAAGAGAUCAUUCGAAAGAACGAGAAAGAAAAGCUACAUGCUACUAACGCUGAUGAAUGCAACAUCCUGCAGGACAGAUGGUUAUCAGAUGAAUGCAUGAACGCGGUCAUGGGCUUCUUAUCUAAAAAAGCAAAGCUGUGAUACAGCCUGCUGCAUUCGAGCAUUUCAGAGGGAGGGAUGUGAUACAUCCAUGAUUUCGGAUUUCCAACACUUGAAUUAAAUAAAUUCACUGUGCCUUUUUUUCAGUGUUAAAGUGUCAUGU